AUGGCGACCGUCCCAGGCGCAACGAACGUGCUCUACCUGCGAAAUGGGAUCGCCCGCUCCAUCAUACCCACCGGCAAGAAUGUGACGAUCCAUAGUCAGGCGCAGGUCACUUACGCUACGCUGGCUGUUGUGGUGAGCCUGUCAUUCGUGCUCGGGAUCUGCCUCACGCUGUUAGUGUUCUGGUUGAUUCGUCGCCAUAAGAAGAAGAAGGCUGGGAAGUAG